UAACUAACUACCUUCUUCUCCUCUCUACAAUCUCUCUCUCUCUCUCUCUGUUGCAAUGUCGAAGAGCGGAAGAUACUGCUUGGGCUCAAUGGAAGACAUCCGAGCAGUCUUCCAGCGCUUCGACAAAAACGGAGACGGAAAAAUCUCAAUCGACGAGCUCAAAGACGUGAUCGGAGCUCUCAGCCCCGCCGCGUCGCCGGAAGAAACGGCGCUGAUGAUGAAAGAGUUCGAUCUCGACGGUAACGGAUACAUCGACAUGGACGAGUUCGUUGCUCUCUUCCAGAUCGAAGACGGCGGAGUAGGCGGCGACAUUCGGGAUCUGAAGGAGGCGUUCGAUCUGUACGAUCUGGACGGUAACGGACGGAUCUCUGUGAACGAGCUUUACUCGGUGAUGAAGAAUCUCGGCGAGAAGUGUUCGAUGGAGGAUUGCAAGAGGAUCAUUAGCAAAGUCGAUGCUGACGGUGACGGUUGUGUUAACUUUGAAGAGUUUAAGACGAUGAUGAUGAACGGCCGAGCUGCUUGAACUUAACGGCGUUUGUAUAUAUUCGAUUUUUAGGUUUUAUCGAUUAAUCUUUUGUUUUUUUUCCUAAUUUUAUGGAUCAAUUAGGGAUUUUAAUUUCUUAGUGUAAGAGUUUAAUCGAUUUAUUUUUUUAAAAUAA